GUCUGUCACGCGUUCAUUCUACCGCGUCGCAGCUCACACAAGAUUUAUGGGAAGACAACAAACGCUCGGUAAAUUCUUUGAAAUGCCUAAGAACAACAAGCCGGCGCCGCCACAGCAGUCGAACCUGGCGGAAAUGUGGGGAGGGAAGAGGCGCAAGCCCAACGCAAACGAGGAGGGUGUGAAGGAAGCAGUCGUUGUCAAUGGCAAGACGGAUGUGUCAGUUAAGUCUGAAAUCAGUAAGUAUGUUGAACUCUCUGAAUCGUGGAAUUCAAUCCUCGAGGACUCUUAGUGUCGCCUGUCUCCAAUGGUAAACAGUCUACAGAACAGGGAGACGGAAUGGAAGUUGAUAAACCACCGGCAUCACCGGCUAAGCCCAAAACAAAGCGAAAGGGUGUCACUUCGCCAAAGAGUGUUGUAUCACCUGGGCCUUCAAAGUCCAAACGGAGACGUGUGGUCGAGUCAGACGAUGAGAACUCUGCGACAACCGCACCAGCUCCCACCAGUCCAAAUCGGCGCCCCUCGCCAAAGCCUUCCUCCAAAAGUAAAGGGAAAGCUAAAGCAGUCCUCCAGUCUGAGCCUGUAGAACAGCAACUAGCCGAGUCCUCAGCAAGUGCCGAUGAGGGCGAGGAAGAGAUUGCCGGAGAAAGCGAGCUGGAGGAUGACGACGAGGGUGCGGCAACGCAAACCGCUGAAGAAGCACUAUCCCGAACUGCAGAGGUAGACGUCAAGGGCGGGUGGAAAAUCGGAGACCCGGUGCCCUACGCUGCACUAACGAAGACCUUCUCACUCAUCGAAGCCACCACCAAGAGGCUCGAAAAGACCGCCCUCCUCACCUCAUUCUUCUGGCUCGUCAUCCAACGUAGCAAGAAAGAUGAUUCCAACUCCCUCCUGCAGUCUGUAUAUCUGUGCAUAAACCGCCUAAGCCCGGAUUAUGUCGGUGUCGAACUGGGUAUUGGCGAGAGCUUGCUCAUCAAAGCUAUCAGCGAGUCCACAGGACGGAGCCUUGCAACAGUCAAAGCCGACCUCAAGAAAGAAGGCGAUCUUGGGCUCGUGGCAAUGAACUCCAAAAACAGUCAGAAGACACUCUUUAAACCCAAGCCCCUCACAGUUCCUUUUGUCUUCUCAAACUUACGGGAGAUCGCGUUGUCGUCCGGGCAUUCGUCCCAGGCAAAGAAGGUGUCGAUCAUUACGAAGCUCCUCGCCGCGUGUCAAGACUUCGAGGCGAAGUACAUCGUACGCAGUCUGGAAGGCAAGCUCCGGAUCGGCAAUGCUGAGCGGACGGUUCUCGUGGCCCUUGCACAUGCUGCCGUUCUGGCUAAGGAACAUGCCGGAAAACGAUGGAGCAAAGAGACACUGGCGUCUCACCUCGAAGAAGGCGCCAGCAUCAUGAAGUCUGUGUACAGCGAGCUCCCCACCUACGAACUUGUGAUCCCCGCGCUACUUACGCACGGCCUAUCGGGCCUGCGCACACAUUGCAAGCUUACGCCGGGCGUUCCGCUCAAGCCAAUGCUCGCCAAGCCAACAAAAGCGAUCGGCGAGGUGCUCGACCGCUUCGAGGGGCGGCGGUUCACGUGUGAGUAUAAGUACGAUGGCGAACGCGCCCAGGUACACCUGCUGGACGACGGCAGCGUCAGCGUGUUUAGCAGAAACUCAGAGGAUAUGAAAGCCAAGUAUCCAGAUUUGGUGGAGCAGCUACCGAGGUGCAUCAAGGAGAAGACAAAGUCAUUUGUGCUUGACGCGGAGGCUGUCGCUAUCGACAAGACCUCGGGCAAGCUCAUGCCCUUCCAAGAACUGAGCAGGCGAAAGCGCAAGGACGUUAAAGUCGAAGACAUUCAGGUCAAAGUCUGCCUUUUCGCAUUCGACCUCAUUUAUCUCAAUGGCGAGCCACUCCUCCAAAAAUCACUCAGCGAGCGUCGCGAGUUGUUGAGGGAGCACUUCCAUGUUGUGCCCGGAGAGUUCGAUUUUGCCAAGUCUUCAGAUGGGUCGACAACAGAUGAGAUCCAGGCGUUCCUCGAAGAGAGUGUGAAGGACGGCUGCGAAGGACUUAUGGUCAAGAUGCUUGAGUCAGACGCGAGUUACUAUGAACCCAGCCGGCGUAGUGUCAACUGGCUAAAGCUAAAGAAAGACUACCUCGCCGGUGUUGGCGAUUCGCUUGACCUCGUCGUUGUUGGCGGGUACUACGGAAAAGGCAAGCGCACGAACGUUUAUGGAGCGUUCCUGCUAGCCUGCUUCGACGCCGACGCCGAAGAAUAUCAAACGAUCUGCAAGAUCGGCACCGGGUUCAGCGAGGAGAUGCUGCAAACGCACUGGGACACUCUGCGACCGCUCGAGGGGACAAAACCACGUGGGGACAUUAAACCUGGUGGUGCGAAGCCUGACGUGUGGUUUGAGCCAAAGGUGGUUUGGGAGGUGCUCGCGGCAGAUCUGAGUUUGAGCCCGGUGUACACAGCGGCACAGGGCUUGGUAGAGGAACGCGGGAUCUCGUUGCGCUUUCCGAGAUUCAUCAGAAUACGCGAUGACAAGUCGGCAGAUGAUGCUACUGGACCCGAGCAAAUCUCUGAGAUGUAUGAACGACAGGCACUUGCGCAGAGCAAGGGCGGGAAGAAAAGCAAAGGUGACGGGGAUGACGGAUUUUGGUGAUGAUUACGUAUCUGUAUCUAAGUGCUGAUUUCAGAGCUUGGUUGGUCAAAGCAGUGUAUUCCAAGUGACAAGACUGCAUAGAGGGGAGAUUAUGAUUUUGCUUCCGCAGCCUUCUUUGCCUCUGCUUGUGAUGCCUCGAUGGCUUGGGUAACUGGACCUUGGCUGUCCUUGUCAAGACCGAACUUCUUCUCACGGCCGCCGUAAUACCAGUAGUUUACGAAGCGGGCUUCUUGGAUUGACUGUGCUGUCGCGUUUGUUGCAUGACACGCAAAGAGCAAGUAAUUCCGGGGUUGUACCCUCCAGGC